AUGACGUUAUCGGACUUUGAAAAACAGAGACAGGAAAACAUCCAGCGCAACAAGGAGCUCUUGCGCCAACUAGAAUUGGACUCGCUCAAUGACUCCAUAUCUCGAGAGGUUCCGAAACCAAAGCCAAAAGCAAAGAGACGAAAGACCGAAAAUGCUCGCGUCAAAACGGAACCAAUAAUGCCCUCAAGAAGGUCCAGGAGAUUGGCAGGGUCGACAAUGGAGGACAGCGAGGAAGAUAAACAGAUGAGAGAGGAAAUGGAGAAAGCAGAAGAGCGGAAAAGAGAACUUGAAAAAUUAAAGCUGACGCGCCUUUUUGGCGAUUUCAAGCUCAUUGAUCUUGUUGUAAAUAAGCAAGGCGAGUUCAAAAAUCAGGACAAAAUACUAAAGGCUAAGGAAAAGGACAACGAAAUCAAAAAAGAGGAAAAAGAAGAGAUAAAAAAAGAGGAAGACAGUACUGAUUCGAUAGAUCUUUCACGAGACAACGAGGUUUUACAGAAACUUCAGCAAUUGGGUGACCGUUUUUCCGCCGGUGACUUUUACGAAAUGAUAAAGGAUACAAAGCUGAAAUAUGACGAUACUGUGUUGCAAGAGAAGCGGGAAGAGUUUGAUAGAGUGAAACUUUACGAGCGAUUUGAUCCAUUAGACAUCAAAAUUACCCAGCAAAGAAUCACAUCCAUAGCUUUCCACCCAGCCAAGGACGAUAGGGUGGUUGUGGCAGGAGAUACUACGGGUUAUGUGGGAAUAUGGGCGGUGGAUGCUAAAGGUGACGAUGAAACUUCGCCUCAUAUUACCAUUCUUAAACCACAUGGCAAAGCAGUAGCUCGCAUUCUCACUCCGGAGCAACAACCAUCAUCGAUACUUACAUGUUCCUACGACGGAUCUGUAAGACGUCUUGACCUAAAAAGGCUUGAGUCCACUGAAGUAGCCUACCUUCAAGAUCCGUACGAAUCCAGCGAUUAUCCUCUUGGAGUUUCUGAUAUAAAUGUUGCUGACAACAAUUUGUUGUACAUGACGACACUCAGUGGUAACUUCUACCGAUACGACAUGAGAAGUCCGUUUAAACAGGGCGAAUUGCUUCGACUUCACGACAAAAAAAUUGGAUCAUUCAGCAUAAAUCCAAAUGCCUUUCAUCAGAUAGCCACCGCAUCGCUCGACAGAACCAUGAAGUUGUGGGAUUUACGCAACAUUUCUCAAAAGAAUUCUUACUGGAGUGAAUUCGACGACAAGUCUCCUCACCUAUAUUGCACCUAUCAUUCCAGACUCUCGGUGUCUUGCGUGGACUGGAACCACGAUAACCAUUUGGUAUGCAAUGGAUACGAUGAUACUGUGAACGUUUUUGAUCUAAGCGGCAGUGAUAAGUUGCCUUUGGUAACCGAAUGGUCAAAGGACUACGAAACAGAAAAGAAAAAGAGAACCACCAUUGAAGAUGGAGUCCCAGAAAAGCUCGAAGCACUAACUAGAAUCAAGCACAAUUGUCAGACAGGAAGGUGGGUGUCGAUAUUGAAAUCUAAAUGGCAACUUCAUCCUGCUGAUGGGCUCCAGAAAUUUGUCAUUGCUAACAUGAAUCGAGCAUUUGACAUUUACGAUCAAAAAGGACGCAUAUUAUGCCACUUGACCGAUCCUGAUCGUAUGACAGCAGUUCCAGCCGUGUCCAUGCUUCAUCCUACGGAAAACUGGUGUGUUGGUGGAAGCGCCAGUGGAAAAGUUUACUUGUUUGAAUAA